UCAACACCGUCCUUAUUCUUGUACCCAUGUUAUGUUAUGUUAUGUACUGCAAAUGCAAUGCAAACCUCUCUCUCUUUUCUCUAUCUGUUAUAACUUCCAUCCUCCCCCCUUUGCUCAUCAAAAACUCUUAACACAACAAAGACUCUCUUUUGCAUUUUCACAACCAAUUUAGCUUCAUUCUCAAACCCACCCUUCUCUGCAAAACUCUUCCUUUCUCCAAAGCCACCGUCUUUUCCUGGGUUCAAUCGUUUAUCUUUUUCUGAACCCGGAAAAUCGCAUACCCUUAUGGAAAAGGAACCUCUACUCCCAUAUUUCAGCCCCAGAAAGAAGCCCCUGGCAUUGUCACCACUACGUCCCUUGCCAGAGCACGAAGACAUGGUUCAUCCAAUGACCCCCAUGGAAUUCAAGGACCGUCUCAUCUUUGGACCUGUUUGUGCUACCCCAAGGGACCCUACACCUUUGGCUGAUGCCUUAACACUCCCCCACAAUUCCCCAAAAUGUUCCUCUUCUACCUCGCAGGACUGUGCAUCGCCUUCACGGUUUGAUUCUCAGUCGCAACAACCAUCCUCUUGGCUCCUUGACCCCAAUUACUCCUGCCGGAAAACAAACCUUCACCGCUCCAAAACCGCGCCGGCCAUGGCGGUGAUCAGCGAUUUCAACCCCCAAUCCUCUGUGCCAAGGCCGCAAUUUGGCAGCCAGAGUGUUGUGCGCCAGGGUGUGAUUCUUCUUGCUCUUUAUUUGGCAUUAGGGGUUGUCAUUUAUUGGUUCAAUCGUAAUAAUUUCUCAGCUUCCGAGACUCAUCCUGUAGUUGAUGCAUUGUAUUUUUGUAUAGUCACAAUGUGCACAAUAGGAUAUGGUGACAUCACUCCGAAUAGCACAGCCACUAAACUUUUCUCUAUAUUGUUUGUAUUGGUGGGGUUUGGAUUUAUAGACAUAUUGCUGAGUGGGAUGGUUAGCUAUGUGCUUGAUUUGCAGGAGAGUCAUAUGUUGACAGCAGUGAAGGGGAGGAGGGGUGAGAAGGAUGGAAAGUCUUAUAUAAUUGAUGUGAAGAAAGGGAGGAUGAGGAUCCGUUUGAAGGUAGCGUUGGCGUUGGGAGUUGUGGUGAUUUGUAUUGGGGUAGGUGUGGGGGUUAUGCAUUUUGUGGAGAAGCUUGGAUGGUUGGACUCUUUUUAUCUUUCAGUUAUGUCGGUUACUACGGUCGGGUAUGGAGACCAUGCUUUCAAGACCAUGCAUGGCCGGAUCUUUGCUGCAAUUUGGUUGCUCGUGUCAACUCUUGCCGUGGCUCGAGCGUUCCUCUAUUUGGCUGAGGCAAGAGUGGAUAAGCGGCACAGGAUGAUGGCGAAGUGGAUUCUUGGUCAGGAUAUGACUGUUUCUGAGUUUCUUGCUGCAGACAUAGACAACAAUGGCUUUGUGAGGGAAGAUUUGGAUGGAGGUCAUGGGUCAACAAGUAGAGAGAAUAUUGAAACAAUGAUGUCACAAAUGGCAAAAUAGAGUUCUGAACUAACUGGAAUGACAGCAUGGCAGUGAGAGAUUGGCAAUGGUGACCAGACAGAAUAAACAGGAACUCAGAGAUAAAUACAGUUGUUAUGAUAUGCUGGAGAUGUCAUAGUGGUAGAAGAAACUGAUGAUAGAGAUGGUUGCAACAAAGAACACGACCAAGGAGUACUAGAAGGAAGACACAAUAGCUGGAAAAUUGUUUUAAACAUGCUGGAAAAUUGCACAAUGUAGGCUAAGAUAGAGAAAAGGACUGCGGAAUGAAGAAGGCAGCUAGAAGAGAGCUGAACACCCCGAAAGGAAUAUAUAACAAAGCUAAAUGUCAAAAUGCGUUGGAGGGUUGACAACAUGAAAUAUGGUUAAUUUGAAGUAAGAAUUAUGAAAUUAAAGUAGAAUAAUAAAAUGUAAACUUUUAGGAGUUCCUGCUGCAAAAAUAUUGACCAAAAAUGUCACAGGGUGAUACCACUGUAAUUCCUCUUUGAAAUUAGGUGUUGAUAGUAUAUCUAGUGUUAGGCUAUUCUUUGUACCAGUCUUACUCUUUUAACUAGUUUGUUAAGCUGACUCACACAACAUCUUAUAAAAGUUAGUUAGCCAACUGUCAUCUUGUAAGAAAAGCUGCAGUCUGUUGUUGAACAGUUAGAUCUUAUCUGGCUAGGUUGCAGCUCAAGCUAACCAGCUUUCACUAUGUAAGAGCUUGAAAAAAGUAUAUAAGAGGACAAUCCUCGUGUUAUAAGCGGAUUUUGUGAAGUAGAGCUAAACUCAUUCAAAUUAUUGUAGAUGGUGAUAUAUCA